CAGAUAAAAGUGAAAGCAUUCACUGUACAGCAGUGGAGGAAGAUGUUGUUCAUCAUGAUAAUUACCGGUUUGUUAAUCAAAGCCUCAAAGUCACAGAUCACCGGUCAUGGAAAUACAACAGCUGCCUACGGCGGGGAUGUGCAAUACAGCUGCGCACUAGCUGAUCCGACAGGUGUGCUCCAGGUCACGUGGCAGAGGCUUUUCAAGGAGGAGUCUAUUGAGAAUUUGGCAACAUACAGCAAGCGGUUCGGACAGCAAGUAAAUGAGCCCUACCGGGAGAAAGUGAUCUUCACAGAAGCGUCUCUCAGCUCAACAUCCAUCACUCUGAGAAACGUCACAUGGGAAGACGAAAGCUGUUAUAUCUGCUCAUUCAAUGUGUAUCCCGGCGGGUCCAAAAGGAAGCAGACUUGCCUCACAGUGCAAGGAAUAUCUGAGGUGGAAACAGGUGUGCAAGCUCCCACUGGUGAAAGCGAGAAAGAAAACGUGAAGGUUGUGUUUAGCUGCAGUGCCACAGGUAAACCAGCUCCAACCAUCCACUGGUCACACUCAGCUGGCGCCAUUCCCUUAGACCAACCACAGACUACUACAAUAACAAACAGUGACCACAAAUAUACCAGCAGCAGCAACAUCACUCUGGAAGUACCUCCAGGCUGGAAUGGAUAUGUGGUUUGUAAGCUGAACAAUGGACUGACGGGACAAAGGCUGGAGAGGAUCCCCUUUUCUUUGCAUCCUAAGAAUAAGGAACCCAAGGUUAAGGGACUGUCCUCAUCUGGGAUUGCACUUGUAAUUACUGCGGUAGUUUUUGUUUCCUGCAUCCUUGUUGGUGCUGCAAUUCGGAAAAAAAGGUUAAAGGACAGCAGAAGAGAUGAAAAUGUUUAAUGAGCACAAGUAAUGUUUGUCCGUAGUGUCACUGUGGCUGUUGAAGCAUGCAAGCAUUAUACAAAUCUGCAUUUAAACUUUCAAGAUGUAACAGUGAAUUAAGCUAAUAGCUGCUAUCCAAGAUAUUUUUUUUGUGUGUUUUGAAACUGUCCAGUCGACAUUUCUUUUACUCAGCACUUUGUCAAUGGAGCUUCAAGCUAAACGCCUGUCCAGGCUUUGUAGAAUGUAAAACUGCAGGAACUAUGACCACUGAUUCAUACGAGUAGCCCAUUACAUGAGCUUCUUAACUGUGAAGUGAAAUGAGUAAAAGGUUUACAGAGAGUCUACAUUUGAGCAUAAUUAACCACAUUUAGAACUUUAGAGUUAAUUUAAGACGUGUUGGUUUUGGCGAUAGAAAGGAAAAUGUCCAGUGCGAGGCAGUAAACGUCAGACUGGGGAUAUAGCGCCACCUAGUGGUCGUUGUGGGAAAAUAAAUAUUUUCAUUUAUUUGAAGCUUUUAUCCAAAGCGACUUACAGUUGCUAUAUAUGUCAGAGGUCGCACGCCUCUGGAGCAGCUAGGGGUUAAGUGUCUUGCUCAGGGACACAAUGGUGGAUUGAACCCAGGUCUCUCACACCAAAGGCAUGUGUCUUAUCCAUUACACCAUCACCACCCAGAUAAAGUAAAGAAAUGUGGUUUAAAUAUGGAGAUAGAAUCAGAAUCAUAAACACUGUGACACACAGAUAAUCACAAGUAGGCUCCCUCACACAAAGAAAUAUAAUAGAAAAUUUUAUCUGUUCAAUUUUUUGCACAGGAAAUAGAAACUGUUCACUUGAUUAAGUGAUCUAUGAAGUUGACAUGUGGCAAUAAGGUAAUAAUUUCAGCCUACAACAAAAUGAGGAAAACUAGCCAUCUAUAUAGUUUAUAUGAUAUAUAAUAUAUUGCAUAAUAGAUAUAAUGUAUCAUUUUCUGCAUACUAUUUUCUGGAGGUAAUUUUGCACUUUAUUGUUCAAUGUUUUUCUGCACUUUAAAUGUUAUUUAUUGCUCAUUGGACAUCUCCCCUGACAGAUUGAAUUGUAACUGUGGUGUAGUGUCUAAGGGAGAUGGUAGUAUUUUUUUCAUUCCUGUCAAACUAUUAUUAACCUGUGUGUUAUGUUCAUGGACAUUCUCCACUAUUUCUAAUAAUCUGGGGGGUUUUUUGUUAAUGCCUUUCUAAUAAUUUAUUCUCUGACCUUUUCAGUGUAUUUAUUUUUUCUUCAGA